CCCAAUCAGCCAUUUGCUGACCCCACCUUCUUUAUCGCCCACAUGGAAUGUGGGAAGAGACCCCGGAAGGAUCUGACCCACAAUUUUUUUUUUUCAUUUUCUCUUCUUUUUCCAAAUUUCCAUCGUCUCCCAGCUCCCACCUUAUUUGCCAAUUGAGCAUCCGUCCCACCUCUUCCCGUGGACUCCUAUACGUUCAUUUACUUGUGAUGAACACAACCAUCUUCUCCUUUUUCUGUUACUUCCUUGCACAGGAUCAGUUGUCUCUGUAGAAACCCAGUGUUGGUCAUUCUUAUGGUUUCUUAAGGAACUCAUGUUUUUCUCACUCGUUUCUUAUUGUGUUCUGUAUUUUCUUUUGUUUUAUGUGGUUGCCAUUGCUCACAGAUUUUGUUGUUUGGCUGAGGAAUUGAUUUAGGAAGGUUUCUUUUGGAUUUCUUGGGUGUGGGUGAAUCUCAAGAAGUGUCAAUCCGUUUGUUAUCAAGGUCAAAAAUCAGCAUUUCGAAUGGAGGUCCUUAGGAUAAAGGAAGGAUUGAUCCCCAUUCUGAUACAAGGAGAUGAGAAAGAUUCGUUGUUGUUAGAUGGGUUAGGGAAUGGCAGCUAUCUGCAGGCUGCUUGGUGAAAUUGCAGCGAGGAGAAACGAGAAGACCUUUUUUGUUUUUAUUUUUUAUAUUUGAGUAAUUUGGGUGUUGUAAACUUCUAUGUUCAAGGUUGGUGCAAGUUCGAGAAGAAGAAGAGAAUGGGCGAAAUCUUGAUGGCUGUUAGCGGAAAUAAAGUAUAGUAAUUUGUCUGCAAGUAAAAUUGGGUAGUAGGAAAGCAUAAUUGUCUGGCUUCAUCUGAUUGAGAGAAGGGGACAGACACCUGCAGGGUCUCAGUAUUUCCAUGGAGACUAUGUGGUCAAAAGGAUAGCUCUUGCUUUGAGAGUCUAAAAACUGUUGAAGCCAAAAAGAUUCUGCCUUGGGAACCAAAGUACUUCUCCCUUUCCAACACUUCUUGGCUUUUGUGUUUGUUAUGAAAGGUUUCUCAGAACGAUGACCCGACUCUCUUUCCCAGAGUGCUGGAAGUUUGACUGAAAAUUUCCAUUUCUGUUUGUUACAUUGAAAAUAUAGUCUGGGUGCGGACGUGGUCGGGAAGAGUGGGAGGACGUCCUUAGUUAGAGAAGAAAGGAAGUUGUGGGGAAAAUGUCUGCUAAACUGUUGCACGCUUUGACCGAUGAUAAUCCCGAUUUGCAGAAGCAGAUUGGAUGCAUGACAGGGAUCUUUCAAUUGUUUGAUAGGCAUCAUUUCGUCUCAACCAGGCGCCUGUAUGCCCAACAACAUAAGAGGCUUCCUUCAGAUCAUCCUCAUUUCCGGCAAAGUAAUUGCAAAGUUGAAGCUGAGGCGAUUGCAGGUUCUCCUAGAGUAUCUGUGGAAAAGAAUCUAAUCCACAACCAACAUGCAAAUAUUGAUUUGUCAGUGGUCUCUGGAUCGUCUUCCUCUUGUUCAUCAUCUUUCUCUUCAGUAGAAUUUAGCAGAACAGCUCCCAGUGAGCCUUCUUCCUUGGAUCGACCACUGAGAAAUGCACAAAAAAGUUGCACUUCAUCUGUAGAUAACAAGCAUACUAUCUCUUCAGCUUCUAGUCAACAAGCUCAUUCAUAUACAGGAAGACAAUCCCUUGAUUUUCGAGAUAUAGUAAAAGAUUCAAUGUACAGAGACACUCAAAGGCUGUCUGUUAAAACAAGAACCAAAGAGGCAGACGUAAAUCACUUGACAAAGCCAAGAGAUUCUCCAAGGCCUCUACAAGUUCCAAAACUGCUGGAUGAAUCUCCAGUGAAACAUAUUAGUGGAAAGCCAAAAGUUCCAGCGGAUCUGAAUGAGUCACUCAGGGUUCUUGCAAGACUUAAAGAAGGACCCUGGUACCUUUCAGAAUCUAGAGACUCACCAAGGGCUUCCCAUGAAGUGAAGGAUGCUUCUUGGUAUUCAGUGACAAAAGAAGGUCGUAGGUUCUCCUAUGAUGGAAAAGAAAUUCCUCGUGCUUCUUGUGAUUCAAGAGAUAACUACAAAUCCAUGGCAAAACUCAAAGAACUUCCAAGACUGUCACUGGAUGAGAGAGAUUGUUCAUCUAGGAGUUCCAAUUUUGACAUCAUAUCCAGCUCUACUUUGAAGGACUUACAAAAUCAUAGUAACCAAAAGAUUGGUGACAAUAGACAACGACCAGGUAUAGUUGCUAAGCUUAUGGGUCUAGAGCCAAUUUCUAACUCAAGCUCGUCAGGAAAACCAAUACAUGAACUGGAAACCAGACUAGAUCGAGUGUUGUGCUCACCAAGAAAUUCUCUUAUAGACCCAGUGUCACCACAAGCAAGAAAAACUGAUUUGGUAAAGAAACAAGCUUCUAAUUCACGGGUUCCCAUUGAAGCAGCUCCAUGGCGGCAUCUUGAGGGUGGUCUUGGAUCUCCAAGAAAGGCUGCCAAAGCUCAUCUUCCAGCAAAAACUCAAGCACCUGAUUUUGUCUUUACUGAGAUUGAAAGACGAUUGAAAGAGCUGAAGUUUCAACAUUCUGAGAAAGAUCUUAGAGCGUUAUUGGAUGCAGUGCAGGCAAAAGUGUUACUAGAUACCAAGAAAGAUCAAGUUAGGACUCAACAAUUACAAGCUCCAGAAACAUACUCCAAUCAGGUCUCCUCUGUGGAGCCUGUGAACAGGCGAAUGCCACAGCACGAUAACCCAAUCUCUCUCCCAACAAGGGGAAGCUGCUCUCCAAAGUCUUAUGAAUCUCCAAUAGUUAUCAUGAGGCCUGUAAAACCUAGUGACAAGUCCAACAUCAACCCCUCAUCUUUCAUAAAUUCCAAUGGCUUCACUUAUCCUCAGGGCAAUAAAUUAACAAGAGACUUAAAGACUCCACGAGAAAUUGAUGGCAAUAGAGGUUCUAGUCGAGUUCAGGGUCUACCAUCCAAAAUUAGCACAAGGGAAACUGCAAAUCAAAGUCAAGGUUCUGCAAAUAGAAAAGUCAAUAGCAGAACUGAAGGAAAUCUGCGAAGGCCUCAAAAGCCUCAGCCACGAUUUACUCAACUACCGACUAGACCUCAAGAGGUGACCAGAGACACAAGAUCCACCAAGAAUUCAGGAUCUUUGAGCCCUCGGCUACAACAGGGGAAACAAGAAGAAAGGAAGACGAGGCAACCUAAUUAUUCACAGGAUUCUAGCAAGCUAAGGAAGCAGUCUGGUCGUCGCCAACAGUCUGAUAUCAGAUGCAAAGUCAAUAAGCGCAUAUCAGAUUUGGAUUGUUCCAUUGAGGAUCAUGCAAGUGAUAAAAGCAGUGAUACAGGGAGAUACUUGAACCAUCAAAGUAAUGAAGCCUCUACACGUUCAGAUAGCAACAUCAGUUCUGCAUCACAUUUUGAUGUGGAAGUCACAAGUGUGGAUCGCUCUUCAGAGAUGAAUUCUGUUUUCCAAAAGUCUUCAGUCAGCAACUUAGAAGAAAAGAUUCAAGGCGCAUCAUCGACUUUGAAAGAUGAAAGUGGAUUUCUGGAAUUAGGAGGUCUAGGGCCUGAACAGCCUAGUCCAGUGUCUGUUCUAGAUCAUUCAUUUUACAAGGAUGAUCUGCCUUCUCCUGUGAAGACAACACACCCUUUCAAAGGCAAAGAGAUCUGGAAGCCAUGUACGAACAACCGUUUGUCCAACACGAGGAGAUCUCUCGAUUUUUCAUCGAUAAAAGGUAAUCAUAAUAAGUUCACAAAUGUGGAGCACCUUGUUCAGAGGCUCCAACGACUCAAUUCUUCUCAUGAUGAAGCUGCUACAGACUACAUUGCAUCUCUCUGUGAGAAAACAACUCCAGAACACAGAUACAUUUCUGAGAUAUUGUUAGCAUCAGGAUUCCUUCUCAAGGACCUGACUUCAGAUAUUAUAGUUACACAUAUCGAUCCUUGCUCUUCUGGGUUCUUGAUCAACCAAGACCUGUUCUUUGUUCUUGAAAAGACAAAAGCAAGCCGAUUAUAUAAAGAAGAAGCUAGCAAACCUGGGCUGCCCAUUCAACAGAAGGCCGAUCAUGAGAGAGUGCAACGGAGGCUUCUCUUUGACACCGUAAAUGAAGUGCUUAUCAGCAAGUUGCCUGUGAUAGAUUCAGAGCCAUGGCUUGGUGUCCCAGUGCUGGCUAAGAAGGUUGCAACUGGUCAGCGACUUUUGCAUGAGGUAUGUGCAGAAAUUGACCAAAUAGCUAGCAACAAUUAUGGAAAUUUUGAUGACAUGCUCAACCAUUUGAUGUGUCGGCUGGAGAAUUGGUCUGAUCAGCAGAAUGAUAUAUCCACAGUUGUGUUGGACAUUGAGAGAAUGAUAUUUAAGGAUCUGGUGGAUGAGAUAGUCAACAGAGAUGAAUGGCAUUUUCGGGUAGGGAAGCAAACUAGGGGCCAUCAAUCAAAAGCCCAAUGGUUUCCACGAGGUGUGCUCCAAGCAGUAAUGUUUGCUUUCAGUUUCUCUUAGACAAGCUUCCUCGAGAUUUGGUCCUUAUAUUCCCACUUCUCACUUUUAUAUCUUAUUGAUACUGUUCAUGGUGCUUCUUGAAUUUGCUUUGUACCACUUUGGCUGAGGAACGGGAAGCCGAAGCUGCCCCCUCAAAGGGUCUAGGGCUGCAUCAGCUUGCAUAGGGGGUUGAUGCCCACAGCAAAAUCUAAUCAAGGAAUGACCUUCUACCAGUCACUGAUCCAACAAGCUAUGCCAAACCCCUUGGGCCACUUUUGCCUUCAAAAUUGUGGCAUAGAACUCAUUUUUUCCACUUUCUCCUGCCUGUAUUCCUUCGCAACUUUUUUGUUUUCAUGUUAGCCCUUAUACCUUAUGACAAGCAGAGGGUAGUAGUUUCCCAUUCCAAUUCGGCUCCUUGUAUGAUAGUCCAUGUGUAUGUCCAUGGCUACUGUGCUUUUAUCUUUUUCGUUAUAUAAGAUGUGGUUUUUUCCUCUAAAGAUGCUCAAACAUGUAAAGCAACCAGUGUAAAUUCCUUCUUU